AGCCGCCCGCCAUGUCCAUGCUCUCGUCGUUCGGCCGCUGGCUGCACCUCAAGCAGUACCAGUUCGAGGUCACAUACACCGUCUACAUGUUCACACCAUGGGAGAAGUUCUUCAUGUACACCAUCGUCUUCCUCCUCGCCGGACUUACGUUCAUUGCUACUGUCCUCUACCUCCCGCAGCACCUCGCCUUUAUCGUCGGCCGCGCGUGGUUCUACAUGCACGGCGAAAACGUCGACGUCGUGGAGCUGACCAAGGGCGCGGCCGAUAGUGCGCUGCAGCAGAUCGCCUCGGCUACCACGGCUGCUGCGGGACUGGCUGCUGAUGCGGCUGAGACUGUUGCGCGGGAACUUUGAAAUACGGGAGAAUUUCCGUCGAAGAGACUCGCUUCUUCAUGGUCCUGCGUGCUCGCUCCAUGGGCUUCAAAGAGAUAGGACUGGUGCUGCAUAAACACUACCACUGGUGAGGGAAGAGAAACAUGCAUACGAGGUGGAUGUACGAAUGGACGAAUACGAUAUAGAGUCCCGGUUGUUGGAGCCGAGGACGGCAUAGCCCGCCUGGAAUGAUCCUUCGGGCGGCGGCGGCGUUUUGGUUGGUUCUUCUCUCAUGGCACGGUACGAUGCCGUAAAGAAAGGCAGGCGGCUGGAGUCUUUCUAGUCAUACCAACAUAAUCCUAAUAAUACCCUAUCCUUU